UACAGAACCAAUCACGACAUUGAACAUUACUGAGCAUUUUUAGUAACAUGUAGAUAAAGUAACCUUCAGUAUAAAUGUAUUUAAAACGAGUUGAAAUAGGAAGAUGUUAAGACGUCAGUAUUAGAAGACAAUCAGUGAACUCAUAAAAUGGUGCUAAGAAUUGUGUUUGUGUUUAUGGUGUUUUGGGCGAGAUCGGAUUCUGCCAAUAUUCUAGCAGUAUACCCUGCUCCUUCAAUCAGUCAUCAGGUGGUUUUUCGUCGAGUUACCUUGGAACUAGUAAAGCAAGGCCAUAAUGUCACGGUAAUAACACCAGAUCCAGUGUUCCCAAAGAAAGAUGGUCCCGAUAAUCUAAGAGAGAUUGAUCUUCAUGACAUAUCGUACCAGUAUAUACAUGAUGUACUUCAUACUCUACCUAAAAGUGUACUAAAGAAACAGUUUUCAGAUCCAAAAUUUUUCUUCCGGUUCAUGCAUGAACUUUUUGAUUUACACUUAAGUAUUAAAGAUAUUUGGCAAGUUAUACACGACAAUAGUACAAAAUACGAUAUUAUCUUAAUGGAAGAAUUUGCACGACCGUACCUAGCAAUUUCACACGUUAUAAAAUCCCCAGUUAUACUUUUUAGUUCGUUUGGUGGAAUGCCCACUACGUUUGAAGUUUUUGGAGUACAAACUCAACCAAUCGUGUAUCCAAGCCCAUUUGCUCAAAGAACUUAUAACUUGUCCCUUUGGGAAAAAAUAAGGCAAUUGUAUGACUACUUCAAUUUGUUACAUAAUAAUAAUAUUAUUUUGAAAGAAGAAGAUGCACUACUACAAAAACAUUUUGGUUCUGAUAUUCCUACAAUUCAUGAAUUGUAUAAGAAUGUGCACAUGCUGUUUUUGAACAAUCAUCCUAUUUGGACUGAAAACCAGCCUGUUCCACCAAAUAUAAUAUAUCUAGGAGGUCUUCAUCAGUUAGAAACAAAGGAACUGCCAAAGGACCUCAAAGCAUACCUCGAUUCAUCUAAACAUGGCGUCAUCUAUGUCAGUUUCGGAACAAAUGCAUUAUCAACAGUACUUCAGACAGACAAAAUUAAAAUCAUAGCAAAAGUUUUGGGACAGUUGCCGUAUGAUGUUUUGUGGAAGUGGGACCAAGACACACUUCCUGGACAAACGAAGAACAUUAAAUUAUCAAAAUGGCUACCUCAAGCAGAUCUAUUAAAACACCCAAAAAUCAAACUGUUCAUAACUCAAGCUGGUCUUCAGUCAACAGAUGAAGCGAUAACCGCAGGAGUGCCGCUACUUGCUUUCCCGGUACUCGGUGACCAGUGGUACAAUGCGGAGAAAUACGAGCGACAUGGAAUUGGAAAGAAGUACUUGUUUGAAGAAAUCAGUGAAGAGGUUGUUAAAAAUUCAGUCGAAGAAAUAAUUGAAGAUAAAAGGUAUCGUGAGAACAUUGUGAAACUACGGAAGGUGAUGAACGAUCAGCCACUGAAGCCUUUAGAACGAGCAGUUUUCUGGAUCAACCAUGUCAUCCGGAACAAGGGCGGACAGCAUUUGCUUCCAGCAGCAAGACAUUUGACAUGGGCACAAUAUUAUGAACUUGAUCUUCUUGUAAUUUUACUGACGGUAGUUUUAGUAUUAUUAGUUGCUGUAAGUCUUGUUUUGAGGCGUUUGUAUAAUUUUGUUAUGGGUAACGUAAAAGUCAAUCAUAAACUUAAGUCCACCUGAUUUUUACCUGUGUUAUAUUAUAUCAUAGUUAAAAGUGUGUUAAAUAUUUUUAUUAG